GUCUUGAUGUUAAAGUGGCAUGUGGGUCAGUCCAAAAUAUUUUUCUUGCAAAAAUUCUAACACAAUUUUUCUUCCUCCCAAGCUUAUAUAUACCCCACACACACCUCUUCAUUUCAAACCACAACACAACCUCUCCCUAAUAGUCUAUACUCAACUUAAAUCUUGGUUUGAAAUUCUGAACCUCUUUGACUUCAAACAACACUUGUUUUCCCACUACUUUUUAUAAUCUUCUAAGCUUGAAGUUAUAUACUUAUAUGUGCUUUGCUUGUGUUACAAAUUUGAGUACAUCAACUUGGAUUACAUAGAUAUUAGUUAGAGUUUUGAGUCUUCAUUUUGAAGCUUAACUAUAAUUUGGUUUUGUCAUAAAAAGAUGACAGUGGAAAAAGGUAGCAACAUGAACCAUCAACAACAGCCAUUUGAAGUAUCCAUUGACACUGCUGGUUCCAAGUGUUUUGACGACGAUGGCCGUUUAAAACGAACUGGAAAUGAAUGGACAGCAAGUGCACACAUAAUCACAGCUGUGAUUGGUUCUGGAGUGCUGUCUUUGGCAUGGGCUAUUGCACAACUUGGAUGGAUUGCUGGACCAUCAAUGAUGCUUCUUUUCUCGUUUGUUACUUACUACACCUCCACUCUUCUUUCUGUUUGUUAUCGUACCGGUGAUCAACUCAAUGGCAAAAGAAACUACACUUACACUGAUGCUGUUAGAGCAUACCUUGGUGGCUUUAAGUACAAGAUUUGUGGAGUUGUUCAAUAUGCUAAUCUUUUUGGUGUUGCUAUUGGAUAUACUAUAGCAGCUUCCAUAAGCAUGAUGGCAAUUAAAAGGUCUAAUUGUUUCCACAGCAGUGGUGGAAAAAAUCCAUGCCACAUGAAUGGAAACAUUUACAUGAUUUCAUUUGGUAUUGUGGAGAUCUUUUUCUCUCAAAUUCCUGACUUUGAUCAGUUAUGGUGGCUCUCUGCUCUAGCUGCUGUUAUGUCCUUCACAUACUCAACUAUUGGCCUCGGUCUUGGUAUCGGUAAAGUUAUAGAAAACAAGGGCUUUAAAGGAAGCUUAACCGGUAUAACUGUUGGUACUGUGACGGAAACCCAAAAAGUUUGGAGGAGUUUCCAAGCUCUUGGUAACAUAGCCUUUGCCUACUCCUACUCAAUGAUCCUUAUAGAAAUUCAGGACACAAUCAAAUCCCCUCCAUCAGAGUCCAAAACAAUGAAAAAGGCUACCUUAAUCAGUGUUAUAGUAACAACCAUUUUCUACAUGAUGUGUGGUUGUUUCGGAUACGCAGCUUUUGGAGACUCAAGUCCUGGAAACCUUCUAACCGGUUUCGGUUUCUAUAAUCCUUUCUGGCUCCUCGAUAUAGCCAAUGCCGCAAUUGUUAUCCACCUUGUUGGUGCUUUUCAAGUUUACGUCCAACCCUUAUACUCAGUAGUUGAGAAAACCGCAGCUGAAAGAUUCCCGGAUAGUGAUUUCGUCAACAAAGACAUUGAAAUUUCGAUCCCUUGCGUCGCCUCUCCGUUAAAAAUCAACCUCUUUAGAUUGGUUUGGAGGUCAAUCUUUGUGAUCAUAACAACUGUAAUAUCAAUGCUUCUACCAUUCUUCAAUGACAUCGUUGGACUUAUUGGAGCUAUUGGAUUUUGGCCUCUAACGGUGUAUUUUCCGGUGGAAAUGUACAUUGUUCAAAAGCAAAUACCAAAGUGGAGUACAAAGUGGAUUUGUUUACACAUGCUUAGUGCUGCUUGUCUUGUGAUUUCUUUAGCUGCUGCAGCUGGUUCUGUUGCCGGCGUUAUUGCCGAUCUUGGAGUUUAUAAACCAUUCCAUGCUAUGUAUUAAUUAUGCAACAUUACUACUUAGUGUUCACCAUCAUCAAGGAUUUAAGGCAUCACAAAAAGAAGCUUCAAUUCUUGCUCAUUUGAAACCUCUAGGAUGGUGUUCCUGUGUUAUUGCAUAGUGGCCUUGUAAUUUUUUUUUACCAACUUUUGUGUAUGCUUACUUUGUAACUUGCUAUGUACUCCAAUUUCCAAUGAGAAAUGGAAGAAAUGACACAAAAAUUUUCAAAUA